AUGAAUAGACAACGUAUGGGUAUGAAUUCUAAACAAAAUGCUAAGUUAUUAAUGGAGAUGACCAUGUAUGCUAAUCAAAAUAUAGGUCCAAGAAAUAUAAUGCAACUUUGUACCCAAUGUAGAACACAGUGUGGAAUGCAGACAAAACUUAAAUUUAUUGGAGACCCAAUACAAGGAAAUCGCUUUGGACAUAAUAGCUUGCGUCGUGGAGGUAGUCUUACUGCUAGUCAACGUAGACAACGAGUAUUAGCAAAUGCAAUUCACGAUGAUGACGAUGAUCUAUAUGCUACUGUUCAACGUGGUCCUCGACGUGGUUCUCGAUUUGGUAGUGGUUCUCGACGUGGUUCUAUAAAUAGUAUUGGUUCACAUCAUGGUGGUAGUUUUCAUAGACGUAAUAGCUUGCAACGUAGCAAUAGCGUUGAACAGCGUAGAAGAGCAGUAUUUGCUAAUGAACGUCAAGAUAGUGAAGAAUAA